CCCCUCCCUCAAAAGCCUCACGGUCACUGAGUUCAGAAGUAAGUGUGUGUGCGUCCUCUCAGCGCGCGCUCCAAGGCACACUAAAAUACCGGAGUGCUCUCCUCCAGACAUCACCGAGACUGCCGCAGAGAUGCUUGGAUGAUGCACUCCAUCACAUACAAAACGUAAACCAGACUAUCUGCCACAAACAGACGCUUCGACGACAGUUUUUUUUUUUAUCUUUUAAACUAUAUCCAUGGAAACGCACAAGUGAGCUGGGUAAACCCAGGACCUUCUAGAAGUUUUAAAACAUCAGUACGCGUUAAACACACCGCAGAAAAGCAGACAUGAAUGUUUCACACGGACUACUGAACCGGACGAUCUCUACAGCGAAGCAGCCUUUGGAAAGCGUUCGGGGAUGCUGCAACUUCUCGGUUAUCACGAGCGACGGGUUCGGUUCACCGAUUCAGGACGAGCGCGAUCAGUUCAUCAUGCGCUUGGUGCAGAUCGCGGUUCUCUGCGUGCUGUCGCUGACGGUCAUUUUCGGCAUCUUUUUCCUCGGGUGCAACCUGCUCAUCAAGUCCGAGAGUAUGAUAAAUCUGCUGGUGGAGGACAGAAGACCUUCCAAAGACGCGGAUAUUAUUAUGAUCGCCGCGUGAGUCGUGCCAUAAAUCUGACACAAACUGGCAAUCUCUCCUGAACGACACCUGUUGGUAUGAUUCUCGUGCCGAUGAACCGUAUUUUUGUAUAUUUCAUCAUUGGACCAGAACCUGUUAAUGUCGCAAACAAUGGAGACCGAACAAAGCAUUCAACUUUUUUUUAAACCCAGAAAUCUUUCAAAACACAUCUUCAUGAAGACACUUGAAACGACAAGCGAAAGGCAACCGGACAAAUUCAUUUGAAAUUGAGAAUUUGUCAUUUGUUUUGUAUCUUUAUUGGAUGAAUUGAUUCAUGUGACUCGUUGAAAUGAUAAAAAAAAAAAUCUUAAUGUGUUAAAGAUUGUAUGAACUUGCAUGCAAAUGGAUUAAAUGAAAUCUAGAACUUUAAAAAUACUGUCCAAUUUUAGUUGACAUUUUAGAUUUCAUUCUCAGUGAAUGCAUACAUUAUUGUAUACUUAUAUCAAUAACAAAAAUAAGAUAUAUGACUACGCAUCCUCUGCAGGCCAGCUGUAAAGG